AUGAUUUCGGAGAUCUCUACACAAUCGCGAGCAAAAUUCCCUUUAGACAAGCAGAAAAUGGCACGGUACUUAGCGCAAAUCAUCAUUUUGGGUGCCCAGCUGGUUGGCCGGGCGCUGGUAAAGACGAUGCGCCAGGAGCUGCAGGCCUUCGAGGAUGCGGCACGCCUACAGGAAACGCUAAAGGCCAACGAUCCCAACAGCGGCAGGAGUGCGGUGGCCAAGACAAUGACCCUGGCGGAGGCCCAGCAGAUUCUCGAUGUGAGUGACCUUACCAACCGCCAGGCGAUAGAUACGCACUACCAGCACUUGUUUCGUGUGAACGACAAAUCCACCGGCGGUAGCUUCUACAUUCAGUCGAAAGUCUUUCGGGCCAAGGAGCGAAUCGAUCAGGAACUGGAACGGACGGAACUGUUGGUCAAGACCGACGACUCCCAUUCAAUCCUACCAACGCCACCGGAAUCCUCGCAAUUCCAAUGCGAGAACAAAGAGCCGGGUCAGAAGAGCCGAUGAUCCUUCGCAGCUGUAUUCACAUGGAUUGCCUUUUAGUAGCGUGGCAUAAAAUCGUCUUCGAACUUUUUGUACAUGUAUAUAUUUAAAUCGUCAAUUAAAUAGUUUGAUAUGC